AUGGCGCAAGAACUUAUUCGGGGUUACGGUCGAAAACAUAUCUCUCCGAGAUGUAUGGUGCAAAUGGAUGUUCAAAAAGCUUACGACACGGUGGAAUGGUCAGCACUCCACCACAUCAUGUUAGAACUUGGUUUCCCGCAUAUUUAUGUUAAUUGGAUCAUGGCUUGUGUGACUACGGGUUCCUAUCGCUUCUCUAUUAAUGGAACUCCGUCUAAGAUCCUCAAGGCGAAACGUGGUCUUAGACAAGGAGAUCCCAUCUCACCUCUCCUUUUUGUGCUUGUUAUGGAAUAUUUUCACCGGAUCCUUCAAGGAUUAUGUCGGGUACCAAACUUCAAUUUCCACCCGAAAUGUGAAAAGCUAAAGAUUAUUAAUUUGUGCUUCGCUGAUGAUAUCCUGAUGUUUGUGAGAGGUGAUCUGGAAUCAGUGAAAUUGAUCAUGGAUAAAGUUCGUGGUUUCUCUGCUUCUACGGGAUUACAGAUUAGUAUCCCCAAAAGGAGAACCCAAUUACUGAAGAGCGUCAUUUUCUCUAUUGCAAACUAUUGGAUGCAGAUCUUUCCGCUCCCUAAAAAAGUUAUUGAUCACAUUAAUAGUAUUUGCAGAAGCUUCCUUUGGACAGGUAAAGAACACAUAUCUAGGAAAGCACCUGUUGCCUGGGAUCAUCUGAGUAAUCCUAUAGCUGCUGGUGGGUUAAAUUUGAUCUCUCUCAUGGAAUGGAAUAAAGCAACGGUUGAUCCUCUUACUUAUUAUCCUGACAUCCAUUGCUCCUGGAUCCUGAAAGCUAUGUUCAAGCACAGGGAUGACCUUGUUCACACAGACAUUUGGAAGGACUUCUGUAUUACAGGUAAAUAUAUUACUCGAAAAGUUUAUAACCUGCUGCGAGGGGAGAAGCCUAAGGUGACUUGGAGAAAACUCUUCUAUGGGAAUUUGGCUAGACCUAGAGCCAAAUUUAAUCUCUGGAUGACUUGUAUGGAGAGGCUUCCAACCAAAGAUCGCCUGCAGCGUUUUGGUGUGAUCAAUGACGGUAUGGUGCAUCCGAGCAACAUUGUCACCGAUGAUUUAGAAGUUCCAGAAGAGGUUAACGUUGAUAAAGACCUGGUUAACGAUGUUAAAACCAUGAUCGUUGCGAUGGAUGUUCGACAACAAUUUAUAAAUGAUAUGAGCUUUGCGAGUCGUGAACAUUUGCUUGAUUGGGUUUGA